AUAAAGACAAUCAUGUAUUUGUCUUUAUCUAAGCUAAGAAACGGUCGUUUAUUACGUCGUUUUCUGCUGCAUGGUUCAUUGCUUCUGUGCCCUAUUGAGCACUUGAUGAACAAAUACCAUCUCCACCAACUAUGUACAAAGAUGUUCGGGACUUCUAAACAGCCUUACAAUUUUAUAGUCUGUUAGAUCAAAGGAUGUCUGCCCAGGGAUGUUUGGGAAAUAUUUAGUGUUUUGAGUUUCUUGCUCUUACUACUAGUCUUAGUUAAUUUUCCUUAUAUGCAGACAAAAUAAUAACUAUUUAAAACUACCGCCACGAAGCGUUAAGUGAUGAAACGUCAACGGUACUAUCAGGUACUAUUAUCAGAGACAAGUCUUCAGACAGAAAGAGACAAGACUUGUCUCUGCUAUUAUACCUUGUGUUGCGGCUAUUCGCUAGUGUCAAGAAUAGGUGGUCUGGUGCUGGUCUAUUUUCGAAUAGGCGGGUUUUAGUAAUUCAAUACUAGUUUUUCAUUUAGCCGAUUAUUAGUUUCUCUAAUUCAGUAAUCUGUGAUCUAUUAACUAUUAAUUUAGCUUUAGUUAUUAAGUUUGAGUGUAGUGCAACAAUGAAGCGAUUAAUUCCAGACAUUCAACCUAACCGCAAACGGAUGAACUCGAGAAACGGGAACAACCGUGGCCAUCACAGUGGCCAUUUCUAUAACAGAAGGCAAGGGAAUGCUCAGCAUGUUCCAAGCGAACAGUUCCAAGCGGACGGCAAAGAACAAUUUAGAUCUAAGCCUGAACGUGUCAUGGGUUUUAAAUUUGUUAAGACACUUGUGGAUAACGAGGAUUUGCAACACGUAAUUUUAACCGUUUCUAAUGACCGAAAUGGUUUUCUGACACUUCUAGAAAACAAAAAUAUAACCAAUGAUACGCUUGUCUUAUUGGUCAAGCUUUUAUGGCACAUAUCCGAGUGCUCUUUUCAUCAAAGUAAGAUUGCUAUAUAUUAUUUGGUAUUGAAAAGCCGAUUUAUUGAUCAAGUAAAAUUGUAUAUUGGGGAUAUAAUCAACCAGAGGCUAUGCGAUAAAAAACGUAAUACAUGCUUUUGGAACAACCCCGACGACUUUUGGAAACAUCUCAUAUGUUUCGCAAGAAUGGUUCUGGAGUUGAUUCCCACGGGACAUUGUGGAAUAAUUCACGGACUCUUAAAACAUAUGACUAUUUUCUUCCCAUUGAUCGAGUCAACUCAUUCAAUAUCAAUUACUCGUGAAAUUAAAGAUCAAACAGCGCAUUUAUUAACGGUGGUGGAGAAAACCAUCGAAGACAUAGCUGCUCAAAAGAAAAUUGUUGCAUCUAAAGACUUGGAUCAAGCUAUGGCAGAGCCUCCUGAUGAUUUCAGACAAAUUGAAAUAAUUCCUUGUGCUCAAGAAAUUCUGUCUGAUGAAUCACCGUUUCUGCGACCGAACAUUAUUGAUAGGCCUUUCAGUGACAUUAAUCAGUAUCUCGAUAUUCAGUUCAGACUAUUGAGAGAAGACUUUGUAGCUCCUCUACGACGCGGUAUUAAAACAUUUUUAAGAAAUGAAUCAAAGCCCAGAAAAAAAUGGAAAAAGCUAGAAUCUGUGAAGAUUUAUAGACCGGUCAGAUUUCUUCACGCCGAGGCAGUUAAUGAAUACCAUUGCUACAAGCUCCAAUUCGACUUCGGACAUAAGAAACGUGUUUUAUCUUAUGAACAUUCUAAGCUGUUUAUGUUUGGUUCAUUAGUUUGCUUAACCCGAGACAAUUUCCAGCAUUUUAUGUUUGGGACCGUUGUUAAAAGAGAUCCAGAACUACUUCAGCAAGGAUUGCUUGUUGUUGGAUUUUCAGGGGAUGUACAGAUUGAUUUUGAUUCCGACUACCUCCUGAUGGAAUCUAAGAUCUAUUUUGAACCAUAUAAGCAAGUACUGCGAGCACUCAAACAAAUGAGGGUUGAUAUUUUUCCAAUGGAAAAGUACAUAAUUAAAUUGGAGAUGGACUCUAAUCCACCUCAAUAUCUACGUAGAAUUGUGGACUAUCAGAUAGAAGAUGCAAAGUUUUGCCCAUUUGAAUUCCCAGAAAGAUCUUUCCACAACUUUAACGAGUCGCAAUUGAAUGCUUACAAAGCUGCCUUAACAAACGAAUUUGCCAUUAUCCAAGGACCUCCGGGAACCGGCAAAACUUACUUAGGGCUUAAAGUGAUUCAUACCUUGCUCAGAAACAGAAGUGUAUGGUAUAAUAAAACUCCUAUUCUGGUAAUUUGUUAUACGAAUCACGCUCUUGACCAAUUCCUUGAAGGUAUCUUAUCCGAAAAUGACGAUAUUGUUAGAGUCGGGGGCCAAUCAAAAAAUAAACACUUGGAAGAUUUUACUCUAUCGACUCUAAAACGCCGGACAGUUUGUUCAGAAGCAUUAUUUCAGAAGAAAGUAAAAGUUCAAAAACACGUGGCGCAACAAAAUGCUUUCAUGGACGUCUUAAGACUAAUCGAUGGGAAUGAAAGCAUAUUAAAUUUUGAUUUAUUUAAUAAUAUUAUUGCUAACUAUAGUAAUACUUGGUUUUCAAGAGCUUCAAAGGCGCAAAAAAUAGAAUGGUUGCUGCAAGGAAAGAACGAACGCGGCCGUAGACUAGGGUACAAAAAAAAGGCUCUCGAUAAUAUGCAAAGUAAUCGAGCUGCAGAAAAUACCCCGGGUGAUCUUUUAGAAGAUGAGACACAACUAAACUUGGAAAUGUUGGACGACAUUUUCAGUGAAAUCAAAUUCAACACAGAAAAACCUUUGCUGUCUGUAGAACAGCUUAGAGACAGUUUGAAUCGCUUAAUCGUCGAAUUGACAAAUUUAGAACGGAAACCAGAUAAAAAUGUUAUGUCACUUUUAAGGUGUGAAAUUUUGGAAUGGGAAAUAUGGGAAACUGAAUGUAACUUAGAUUAUCUUCAGGAUCAACUGAAGUACUACCAAAACCCGAAAAAUAGAAGAAUGCCUGAACAUAUUAACUUGACACGUCCAUUUGUUAUGAGUUACACUGAUAGAUGGAAUCUUUACUUUAGUUGGAUAGAUCAGUAUGUGGCUUGGGUACGGAAAAUGUACACGGCGAAUAGCAUUGCAUUUCGAAAUACAUUUCAAGUAUAUCAAGAGAUGCAAGAAAUUGAGAACACACAAAUAAUGCGACAAAAAAUGGUCGUUGGAAUAACCACUACGGGAGCUGCACGAUUUAAAUCAUCGAUACAGGCUUUGCGAUGUCCAAUUGUAAUAGUCGAAGAAGCGGCUGAAGUACUAGAAGCUCAUAUUGUAGCUUCAUUGACCAAUAACUGUCAACAUCUUAUUUUAAUUGGAGAUCAUCUACAGCUGAAACCCGGUGCAGCUGAUUAUCGAAUGCAAAUUAAAUAUAAAUUAGGUAUCAGUUUAUUUGAAAGGAUGGUGCUUAACAAUGUGACAUGCCACACGCUCAAUGUUCAGCACCGAAUGAAACCGAAUAUCUGCAAGCUUAUAAGGCCACACAUUUAUCCGCAAUUGACGGAUCAUGAGUCAACUUUAAGUAGACCACCAAUUUUAGGGGUCCAGGGAUGCCUAUAUUUCAUUGAUCAUCAACAACCAGAGGAACUAUGUCAAGAUGAAAGUAAAAAGAAUGUACAUGAAUCUACAUUUCUGAUAGCUUUCGCGAGAUAUUUAAUUUUAAAUGGCUACAAGUCCAAUCAAAUUACUAUUUUGGCUACGUAUUUGGGGCAGAUGUUCGAGAUGCUCCAUGAAAAAAAUAAACCGAUCAAUGUUGAUUUGUUAAAAGACGUAAGGAUUUCUGUCCUAGACAAUUAUCAAGGAGAAGAAUCUGAUAUAGUACUAUUAUCUCUUGUAAGAAGUAAUACGGACAACAACAUCGGAUUUCUUCGGAUUCAAAAUAGAGUUUGUGUAGCUUUGUCAAGAGCUCGAAAUGGACUAUUUAUUAUCGGAAAUAUGUCGAUUUUGCUAAAUUCUAACAGCGAAAAUGAGAUCUGGAAGAAAGUAAACACUGUGUUAGAAGAACAAAAUGCUAUUGGUUCUCACUUGCUUCUACGGUGUCAAAUUCAUCCGGUUAAGUUGACUAAAGUCUCUAAAAGCUUAGAUUUUGAGAAAGUGAGCGAAGGAGGAUGCGAUAUGAUUUGCAACGUCGAACUUGAUUGCGGGCAUACGUGCAAAAGACUUUGUCAUAUACAAGAUACAGAGCACAAGCAAUACAGAUGCAUGGAAAAGUGUUUAAAACCUCUUUGUAACGACGAAUUGCAUGUGUGCUUAAAACAAUGUUACGAAGAUUGUGGGCCUUGUAUGUACAUCGUUCGCCGUACUUUAGAUCCGUGCGGUCACGAGGUCGAUAUGAAUUGCCAUAAAGAUGCAGAGGACUUUAAAUGUAAGGAAUUGGUACACACGAAGUUACCGUGUGAACAUGAAGCUGAUAAACCUUGCCACGAGGAUCCUCAUCAGUUUAAAUGUCUAUUCCCCUGCGAUACUAGAGUGGAACCAUGUGGACAUGCUUGCCACCAAACUUGUCAUAUCAGAGAUGAUCCUGAUCAUAGGAAGUAUAUUUGUGAAGAACCAUGUGCCAAAAGUAAAGUCGGAUGCCGCCAAGAUCCAGAUGAGAAACACCUUUGUUCAAGAUUGUGUUAUCAAGACUGUGACGAAUGCCUCAACAAAGUAUCACGGCAGAGGUCAUGUGGCCAUAGGUCUAAAAUACCUUGUAGUCUGGAUGUCGAAGAAGUUGACUGCCAAAAGCCAUGCAAAUUAAAGCUGCCCUGUGGCCAUGAAUGCGCAAAUCCCUGUUCCAAAGCUUGUGGACCUUGUAAAGUUAAAGUAGAAAAAACUAUUUUGGACUGUGGUCACAGUGUCAAUAUCGAGUGUUCCGUAAAUCCAGAAAGGAAGCACUGCAUUGCUCGAUCGUGUCCGAGGCUAUUGCCUUGUGGACAUGAAUGCCAAAAAAAAUGUACUGAUCAAUGUACCGAUGUAUGCACUAAAUUAGUGGACUGCAGUAUUGAGUCGCCUUGUGGUCAUGUUAUUAAGAAAAUUGAAUGCCACAUGAAAAGUACUAGUCCAAAGUUGUUGCUAAAAUAUUGCUCGGAACCAUGUAACAUUAUGUUAAAAUGCAAACACAAAUGUUCGGGUACUUGUGGCGAGUGUAUUCAGUCUCGCUUCCAUAAACGUUGUGCUGAGAAAUGUGCUCUACCACUCGUGUGCAACCACGAGUGUCUAACUCCGUGUCGAGAGUCAUGCAAACCUUGCACUCGGCCUUGCGAAAUGAGAUGUGCCCAUAGUAAAUGUCAAAAGAAAUGUGGUGCACCAUGUACGCCAUGUAAACAGAUGUGCGAGAGACAAUGUAAGCAUUUAAAAUGCACCCGUCGAUGCGGAGUUAUUUGCGAUGUGGAACCUUGCACCCAAAGAUGUACGAAGCUCCUAAAGUGUGGUCACGUGUGUGUAGGAUUUUGUGGAGAUCCAUGUCCGCCUCUCUGCAGAAUAUGCGACAAUGAGAAAUUAACUGAAAUUUUUUUCGGCAAUGAAGAUGAAGAAGACGCGGUAUUUGUUUUAUUGAAGGACUGUGGACAUGUCCUCGAGAGUACUGGUCUUGAAUCAUGGAUGAAUGAAGCACAAGAUCUUAUUCAGUUCAAGCGAUGUCCAAAGUGUUCGACUAACAUAACCACAACGCAAAGAUUCAGUGAUUUUGUGAAAAAAUCCAUUCAAGACGUAUCAAUUGCAAAGCGGAUCACAUACGGCGCAAAUAAAGAAAAUGAAGAACUUUGCCGUCAACUUUUACUAACUCUCCAUGCGUUAAGGGACCAACUGAAUCCUGUAUUUGAAGAUAAGUCAAGCAUCUUAAAUACGGCCCUAAGUAAACUGCUCAAACGUCUAUCAACUGAACUGAAAGGUCGCUCUCAACCCAUCAAUAAAAUAGAGUUAAAAGCUAUCGAAUCCAAGACUCAAGUUCUGUCAUAUAUUUCCAACUGCUUUAUAAGGGAGUAUAAAAAGCCUAAAACUGACGAUCCUUCAAUUCUACAUGUGAAAUUAAUUUUGGAUGUUUUGAUGCGUUCAGAAGACCACAUCACUCACCAAGAAAUUGAUGAUUUGGAACUUGAAAUUAAACGGUUGCAAAAAGCUGUUCAAUUUGAUUCAAUUAAGAAAAGUUCCGCAUUUAUUCCUGCAUGCAAGUCCAAUGAAGAAGUGAAAGCACUUUCAUUGGACAUCGAAACAGUUGUGUUUGGACAUAAGAAGUACUCCGAUGAUUUAGACCGCACGCUCUUAACACAAUUAAAGAAAUUAGCUUUGAAACUCGAGUGUUCUCUAAGCAUCAAUGAGGAAGAGCGAGUACAGAUUGUUAAAGCCAUGGGCUUUCCUCGUGGACAUUGGUUCAAAUGUCCAAAUGGACACCCUUAUUGUAUUGGAAACUGCGGGGGAGCAAUGGAGGAAUCCAAGUGUUUUUGUGGAGAAGCUAUUGGAGGAACUCGACAUCGUCUAUUAGGGACCAAUCAACUUGCUACUGAGAUGGAUGGUGCAACUUCUUCUGCAUGGCCAGGACCACUACAUUAAGAUAUUCGAUAGUUAUAUUUUAUAAUUCAUGUUUGGCGUUUAUCAGAUUAUUUUUAAUCAGCGUUUUGUUAGUUAUAUUUAAUCAAAACACAAGAUCGGGUGAGCACAUGCUCGCUGAAAUUUAUCGAGAUUAUUGAAAUAAAUUUAAUAAACAUUGUACAAAAAUGUU